GGCUCCUUAAUGAAAAGCGCGGCCCGCGCAGCCCCGCGCGCCCGCCCGCUUGGAGGCUGCCAGUAUCCCGCGAACCGCGAUAGCGACGCCACACGUCCGAUCACCGACUUCAAACCCACUGUCCCGAGUUUCGUCCGGAGCUAAUCCAGAAAGUUGUCGGCUUAUUGGAAAACUUGGAUCGGAUCCGAAGAUUGUGUUCCGUGUUGUGACUCUCGCGAUCGCGUGUGUUCCUCCGGUGUUCCGGGGGCUGUAAACGGUUUUCAAAAGUUGCCAAAGUGUCUCCUAUAAAGUUGUCGGCGAUGGACAGCAACUCGGUGUCGCCGAUGCCGGAGCUAGCGCCGAUCGCCGAGUUCGACAAGUCUCCGCCUUCGCCGCCGAAUGAAGAGGUGCCGAUGGACGAUCUGCCGCCGCCCCCUGCUACGAUCUCGGGCCAGACGGACGGAAAGAAAGUUAAAAUCCAACGGAGCCGUUCAUACGACUCCGACGACAAUGAGCGGGGCGCCUGCGAAUGGUGCGAGUACGCACUCGUCAUCACGCUCGCCACCAUCCUGCUCAUCGGCGUCUCGGCGCUGACCAUCUUCUGGACGCUGUUCUACCGCGAGGGCUACGCCUGGGUAGACGACAUCCCGGAGAAGCAGUUCAACCUGCAUCCCACGCUUAUGGUUGCUGGGUUCGUUACCUUCAGCGGGUUCUCCGUACUGCUGUAUCGCAUCUGCCGAUGCUUCCGCCGCAUCUACGUGAAGCUGCUGCACGCGAUCUUCCACGCGCUCGCGUUCCCCUGCAUCGUCAUCGGCUUCCUCGCCGUGCUGGACUACCACAACAAGAAGGGCAUCAACAACUUCUACUCGCUGCAUAGCUGGAUCGGCCUCACUGCUAUGGGACUGUUUGGAAUACAGUACGCCGUGGGCUUCUUCAGUUUCCUGCUCCUCCUGAUCUGCAACAAGGGCACCGCCGGCUUCCGCGCCUCGCUCGUGCCCGUGCACGCCGCCUUCGGCAUCCUUACCUUCGUACUCGGCGUCUGCGCUUGCCUCACCGGACUCACUGAGAAAGCCCUCUUCACCAUUACGGCCACGGUUUACGCGACGAUGUCCGAAGAGUCGAUCGUGAUGAACGCCAUCGGCGUCUCCAUCGUGGCGGUGGCGAUCGUGGUGCUGUACACCGUGCGCGGCACCGGGGGGUACCGCCUGCGCAAGGUCGCGGCGCACCAUCCGAGCUAAGCGCCCGCGCACUACAAUACACGCCAUCCAGACGUUUGGCGACAAACGUGGGUUUGUAGCCGGAUUCAUUUCGCGUGUUAAUUGGAGACAUGUGACUAAUAAAGGCUGGUAUUUUCUAUAAAAAAAGUUGUGUUGAUAUCAGCAAGGUCUAUGCAAUGCUUUGAAAUUUAUGUUAUUACAUCACCAGCUCACUGAGAAGAACAUAUGGCGUUGUGAGAAGUAAUAUGUGACUGGGAUCUCGCUAAAGAGCCACCUAACAAUGAUAUGGAACACAACUAUUUAUGGGGAAUACCGGUUUUUAUUAUUUAGGUUCCUGUCUUUUUAUUUUUAUCUCGUAGCUUUUGCGAUUUUGAUGUUCACUUUCUCAUUUGCACUAAUGUCUGAACUGAGUUAGUGAAAAUUCGUGAACACACUCGGAAUGCAUCAGCAAUAAUACUAAUUAUUAAUACUUAUUAUAAGAUCUCAAAAGCUAUGAGUACGAUUGUGACGUUAAUGUAGUUCUGAGCAACGUUAUUUUAUACAUCGAUGUUUAAAUGUCACAUGCAAACUCCAAUUUGUCUCCAAACGAUGUUUUGUAACUGCAAUUUUUUAAAGUUUGUAAGUUUGCUGUUAUGCUUAAUGAGGUAACUCCGUACUCUGUAUUAGUGAUAACUACAAGCGUAAAGGGUAAGAAGUAGGGAUAGCGGGGGUAAAUUAUGUAAGUUAGAUUACUUCGAACGAGACUCCAGGACUCCGCUCAUUCAGUGACUUCAAAAUCACAGUCCGUCAAGAUCUUUGGGAGCCCUCUGUGUAACUUCAAAAUGGAACAAACUUACUUUAAGCAAUAUCUUUAGAAGGUUUUCGAUUUUGAGAUUACCAUUAUACUUCGAAAAUAAAACCCUGAUAAAAAUUAUAUCGUUUAGCUCAAUUUGUUAACUUUAGGUUUACAAAUUCUAUCUCGAUUGGUGACACCACUUGUUCGGCGGUUGUGCGUUAUUCUAUUGUGAAAAUCUACCUUUAUUGUGAGUUAUUCCGUCUUAGGCAAAAUUAAUUCGACUGAUAUUGGAAUUAGAUCAUUCCUUUGAAUAUUAUUUACACAAUAUUACCCCAUAACUAUAUAAGAUGCGUAGUUUAAUCGUGUUAAGGACCGCAGUCAAAUUGGAACUGAACGAAGCGGAAAGGAAUGCAAUGUAACUGUAAAGUCAAAGAAGAUUUGACAAUAUGAAACUUGUUUAACUUCCUUAUACUCGCUGUUCUGUGGUAAAUAAUUAAUCUUAAUUAUUAGAACAUAUAGUAUGUAGGUACGUUAACGAGGGUAAGGGUAGAUAACCAAGGACAAGAAAUCGAUGUAUAUUUACUAGAUUGGCGUUGACAUAACUCCGGGUGUAAUACGCAAUUACCUAUAUAUUUUGUUUUUAGAUGCCAUACAUACACAUAGGUUUUCAUAAAUUCAUGCUAAUAAUAUGUCGGUAUGUUUUAUGAAGUAUAGUUAGGUUAUCUUAGAUGUAAUUGUAUAUAAAUUUUAUUCUAAUUAAUGUAAUGUGCGAGUGUUCGAUAGUUGUAGUUUCGUAGUGAAAAUUUACAGUCUAAAUAUUUAUUGAUUCAUCCUACCACGGAGAUUGGCUAUCCAGUAUUUUAUGUUAUGAUGUUUAUUUAUUACAUUUUAUAUCUUUAAGGUACAGAUAUGUGUAUACUUGAUGAAAGAGCGAGACUCCAGAGUCGCAUUCAGCUGUUUGUGGUAGAACAUUGUGUAUAAGUGUACAUCCAAGUUGCCAAAUUUGUUGUAAAGUGGUAAUGUGCGGUAAUAUAAUUUGUUAAUCAAUUAUUAAUGUGCUAUUCACAUACAUACCUACGUGUAGCGUGUUUAUCAAUAAUGUAGGAUAAUGCUCAAGGUAUUUACGGAGGGUACAUAUUCUUUCCUUUUGUAGAAAUUGAGUACCUAAUUUAUCUAUUACUUAGAUAAAGUUUUAUCUAUAUUCCAUUUUGUAAAUUUGCAUUCCAAUGAAGCAUUUGAUGGGCUUUUGACAUUCUUUCUGAAAAUAUACAAUCCGUAAAAAGACUGCAUUCAUAAGUAGGUCCUCUUGUAUUAUAUUACAGGAUUUGCGACCGUUUAUUGCUUGGAUAAAGACGUAUUUACAAAUUUUAAAUAUUCCAGUUUUUAUGGAUCCCUUUGAAAUAUUGGGGCCAAAUUUUGAUAUUGUUAUAGCAUCCCCAUUUGUACAGUUUCUGUUAUGCACCAUUUUAAUACAAAACGAAAAAUGCUACAGUUGAAAUAGAGUUACAAAUCUUUCGUUUCCAAACGCACCAAGAGAAUUAAAUGCAGUACCUGCUUAUUAAUGUAAAGCUAGAAUUAUAAUAGUUUCCAAGUUUUCCCAUAAGUUGCGUAGGCGCUAUAGAUUCAUUUGAAAGAUUGCAUUAUGUUACUAUUGAGUAAUUGAUAACGAUUAUUUCUCUUAGUUGCGUUGGCGACAGUUAUAUUGGUUACUAUGAAUUUUAUCACUGUUUUACAUUUUGAAAUAUUUAUACGGCAAUCGUAUGGUACAUUAAAUACUUGUAUUAA